GUGGUGAGCGGCAGUGGUGAGCGGCUUCACAGGAAGGAUCCACUGUAUGAAUGGUUUCCGACAUGUCUGAGCAGAGGACGCUUAACGUUAACAGUAAGGUGCACUCUGGUUGACAUAAAUGUUGCGCAUAGCGAAAGUUGAAAAUGUGUUAAGACACCCGUGCGGUUGUAGAUCUGAUGAUAAGAUAAAGAGAUACGAUAAUGUCGGAGUCACUCUGAAUGUAGCAUAAGCUAGCUGAAGCUAACCGAGCUAGCUGCGCUGUUGAUGAUGACAACUGCAGAGGGAGAGAUGCUGAGAAGACAAGGAAGGUGUGUCACAGAUGUGAGCCGACUUUGACAAGCCAGCGGGCUUCCAGUAGCCAUGAAAGAGGAAUGUGCAGGUCCGUCUUUGUUCGAGGACCUGGAUUUUCCCACAACAGACUCCUCCCUGUUCUCCGACAGCUCCACACCUAUCGCUCAGCUGCACGGAGAAAUCACAUGGCGACGUCCACAGGAGAUCUGCCAGUCUCCAUCUCUCUUCCCCACCAACGCUAACCUGGCUCAUGCUAAACAGGGACUGUUGGGUGACUGCUGGUUUCUCUGUGCGUGCACCUUCCUGCUCAAGAACCAGCAUCUUUUAGACAAGGUGUUUCCUCCUGGCCAGCCCCAGUGGGGUAGCAGCAAGUACAGGGGCUCCUUUCAGUUUCUCAUCUGGCAGCAGGGCCACUGGACAGAGGUGACCGUCGAUGACCGUCUCCCCUGCAUGAAUUCCUGUCUCUGUUUCUCACGCUGCCACUCCCCUUCUGCGUUUUGGAUUGCUUUGUUGGAGAAGGCCUAUGCCAAGCUACAUGGUUCAUACGAGCAGCUCUGGGCCGGACAGGUGUCGGAGGCCCUUGUGGACCUGACCGGUGGUGUCGCUGAGCGCUGGAGCCUGAGGGAGUUUGGUUCAGAUGAGGAAGAACGGCAAGCAGAGCAGGACAGUGACCAAAUCAGGAGGAAAAAGCUGGACCUGAACCUCCUGUGCUGUGUGAAAGAAGAAUGUGCAUUGAGCUGCUCCACCCACAGCUCUCCUGGAGGACUCAGCGAGCUGGAUCAGCACCACGCUCUGACUGUGAUGGAGUGGUUGGAUGUGAGGAAGGUGUCAGGGAGUGAAGUGCGGCUGCUCAGGAUCAGAAAUCCAUGGGGACGAUGCUGCUGGGCAGGUGCUUGGACUUGGAGCGGAAUUGGUUGGAGUUUCCUCGACCCAGUUUGCGCUGCAGAGCUGCGAGACCGAACAGCACAGGGUGAAUUCUGGCUAGAUGAGGCCGAGUUUAAGUCUCAGUUUGAUGACAUCACAGUGGGAUAUCCAAUUGGCAAAGAUGGACUCUUGAAGAGUGUUUACACAGGAACCCUUCUCACACACAGCCACCAGCUGGCUAGCCGGUGGAUCAAAGGCCACUCUGCUGGCGGAAGCCGAAACACCAGCAGCUACAGCAGCAAUCCCAAGUUUUGGCUCAAAGUGUGUGAGACAGGAGAGGUUCUCGUAUCCUUGCUGCAGCAUCGAAAACGCAGGAACAGAGAAAAAUACACACCAACGGACCCGGAGGAGAGCAGUAACACAAAGCACCAGCAUUACCAAGCUAUUGCUCUACAUAUGUGGAAGGUGGAAAAGAAGCGUUUUAGUCUGAGUCGGAUGUUAAACAAACCGCCUUGUGCUUCUACUCACUGCCAUUCCUACGAGAGAGAGGUGGUCCUGUGCCGGCCGCUGGAGCCUGGAUACUACCUCCUCAUUCCCAGCACCUACCAGCCAGGAGCCGAGGCCCGCUUUCUCAUCCGGGUCUUUUCCUCCUCCCCCACAUCACUCAGUGCCCUAAAAAGCCCAGCGCCCUCACUGCCACUGACAUCGGAUGGUGAGUGGGAGACCAGCUUCUUCCGUGGCUCGUGGAUAGAAGGAAGGACAGCAGGAGGAAGCAGGAACUUCCCGUCGUACUGGAAGAACCCCUGCUUCCCUUUUGCAGUGUGUGAUGAGCCAGCACUGACAUCUGGAGUUAAUGUCAGGAUUACUCUGCACCAGAGCCGCCCUGACACCGAUUUGCAUCCCAUUGGUUUCCACGUUUACAAGGUACUACAGGUGGAGUCAGAACAGACGGCAGCCAAAGAAAAGGAUCCUGUGGCCAGCUGCAUCCCGCACUGUUACACGCAGGAUGUCAGUCUGGCCUGCACUCUUCCUCCUGGAUCCUACACCGUAGUGCCGUCCACUUAUCAGCCCGACUGCUCAGCAAAGUUUAGAAUCAUCCUCGUUAGAAGAAUACACAGGAAAGUGGUGAAAAGUCAGGAAAAGCUCGGGAGUGCCGUUCAUGAGGUCUCUCACAUCUCUGUGAUGAAAACCUAGUUCCCUGGGACUGACGUAAGCCCACCACCCCGUGCUUCUUGGCCCACGAUGAAACACCCGUUUCCACCGUCAGCGUCGACCACAGAAAGCAUGACUGUGUUUGUGUUUGUAUAUAUGGACCAUGAGCGGCUGGCCAGGCAGGGGCACAAACCACAGGGGUCUCUGUACAUCUCCACAAUCAUCUGUGAUUAGGACAUCAGAGGUUGUCGGUGGGCUGGGCUGCUAAUGAAGUAUGACGGGACUGGCUGGUGUAAACAAACAGCGGCAACUGAAGAAUACCGCCACUGCUCUCGCUCAUUCACUCACUGGUGCGCCCGCCGGUCCAGAACAAAGAGUCCUCUCAUGAGGGUCCACACAGAGGCAUGGGGGGCAAGGGGAGCGGGGAUGGUCUGCGGUAGCAGAGCCAACCAAACUGCACAACACUAAACCAAACCAAGCCAUACCAACCUAGAAUUUUCCAGACAUUCCUUCCCCUGCAUACAUUAUUGCAAUGUUUGUCAAGAGGCAAAUACUGCUUUGACCAUCAUUUUACAUCAAAACGAUUAAAACUUUGAGCCAAACCCAGAGAAGUCUACCUAGUUCCCAUCCUCACCCUUCACCUCCUUUUUAGUCCCUUAUACUCGGUCCAAAGAUCUUGCUGGACCUGAACAGAGCCACUGUUUGAAGUUGCCGCAAGAACAGAGGACAAGCAAAGGGGAUGAAACGAGAAACACGGCACAUCAGAGGAUGCCAGUUCAAACAACGAGGCCGCCAGUUCUCUUUUCUUCUAUUGAGGCUGUGCAUGUGCGGUGGUGUGUGUCCAUCUGCUCGUACCCAUCCAUAUCUGUGCGCUGAAGUCACCAGACUUCUGAUCGCUUCAGCCAGAGGGUCUGCACACUUUUACAUAAACAGGAUCUCAUUGACCAGUGGUACUUUGUUGUAUACUAGCCAUUUAUCAUAUUUGGAUAAAUUAAAUAAAAUGUUAAACUGAA